UAAAUUUUUUUCAGCCAAUGACUGAUCGCAAGGGUUAUUUACGUUAUUCUGUUUUAGCCAUUGUUGGUUGUGUAUUGUUUGUGUGUUAAAUCUCUUGAAGGUAGGUUGGUUUUCUUCACUUGAAAUCUGAUAAAUUUGCAUCAUGGCUGAAAAUGAUACCGAACUUUUGGAUUACGAAGAGGAAGAGGAACAGGAGCAAACAACCAAUGAAAUAGUAGCAGAAACAAAGAAACCAACUGGUGGUUAUGUAUCCAUCCACAGCUCAGGGUUUAGAGAUUUCUUAUUGAAACCUGAACUUUUAAGAGCUAUUGUAGAUUGUGGAUUUGAGCAUCCUUCAGAAGUUCAACAUGAGUGUAUUCCACAAGCAAUAUUAGGAAUGGAUAUUUUAUGUCAAGCCAAGUCUGGUAUGGGAAAGACUGCUGUGUUUGUACUGGCCACACUUCAACAGUUGGAUCCUGUGGACAACCAAGUUUCUGUAAUUGUAAUGUGUCACACCAGAGAACUGGCUUUCCAGAUUUCUAAAGAAUACGAGCGGUUUUCUAAAUACAUGCCUACCAUCAAAGUAGGAGUUUUCUUUGGAGGAAUGAACAUUGCCAAUGAUGAAAAGGUUCUCAAGACUAACUGUCCCCACAUAGUUGUUGGAACUCCUGGUCGCAUUUUAGCCCUGGUGCGCACCAAGAAGCUGAACCUCAGACAAGUGAAGCAUUUCAUCUUGGACGAGUGUGAUAAGAUGCUGGAACAACUGGACAUGAGACGAGAUGUCCAGGAAAUAUUUCGAAGCACCCCUCAUGACAAGCAAGUGAUGAUGUUCAGUGCCACCUUAAGCAAAGAGAUACGUCCAGUGUGCAAGAAGUUUAUGCAAGAUCCAAUGGAAGUUUAUGUUGACGAUGAAGCAAAACUGACACUCCACGGUCUCCAACAACACUAUGUUAAAUUGAAUGACAAUGAAAAAAAUCGUAAACUAUUUGAGUUGCUGGAUGUGCUCGAGUUCAACCAGGUAGUGAUCUUUGUUAGGUCAGUUCAAAGGUGUAUGGCCCUGGCCCAGUUGUUGGUUGAACAAAACUUUCCUGCUAUUGCUAUACACAGAGCCAUGACCCAGGAAGAGAGAUUAUCUCGAUAUCAGCAGUUUAAAGAUUUCCACAAAAGAAUUUUGGUUGCAACCAAUUUGUUUGGCCGUGGGAUGGACAUAGAACGUGUGAACAUUGUUUUUAACUACGAUAUGCCAGAAAACUCUGAUACGUACCUUCACAGAGUCGCACGUGCAGGAAGAUUUGGUACUAAAGGUUUGGCCAUUACCUUUGUUUCUGAUGAAGAAGAUGCCAAGAUAUUAAAUGACGUACAAGACAGAUUUGAUGUGAAUAUAUCUGUACUACCAGAUGAAAUUGACAUUUCUUCAUACAGUAAGUUGGUUUGUUUUUACUAUAGUAUCUGGAUAUGUGUGUGUAUCUGUAUGUUAAAAAUAUAUGUUUGUGCUUUCUUAACCACUAAAGAACAAGAUUGUGUGUUGUAUUCUAUAAUGAA